AUGCGUUACGAGCUGAGAGGAAGGAUGGCGAUGACCCUGACAAAGACAUUUAAUCUCGUCACAGGACUAGUCCUUGUUUUCCAGUUACAAAUCAGCUUUAUGAAGCUAAAAUCUGUUUAUGGAGUCUCGCGCUCUGACUCUCAGGCGCUGUCUCCUCCGGAGGGAAGAUCGUAUGCAGUCCAAGGAAACAACAAGCCCACACAGAGGGGUCCCGGAUCUGGGGCCCCUGGCUGGGCUGCAGAUAAGAGGGGCCACUACAGAGACCAGCACCAACCCGAAGAGUCAGAUCCAGACCUGCUGAUGGAGGAGGGGCAUGACAAUACUACACAGAUUUUGGACAUUGAUCACGCCUACUAUACGUCUAAAAUCCACGGCUCUGGAGACGCAGCCAGUAAAGAGCUGUGGGUGAACAUCGAGGAGAUGGAAGAGGAUGAGUGCAAAGUCUGCGGCUUCCUGUCCAGCACCCACAGACAAGCCGAGAGAGUCAAUCUGUCCUUCAACUUCCCUUUCUAUGGUCAUAUCCUAAAAGAAAUCACCGUGGCAACCGGAGGUUUCAUUUACACUGGAGAUAUAAUCCACCGAAUGCUCACAGCCACUCAGUACAUCGCGCCUCUGAUGGCAAAUUUUGACCCAAGUCUUUCCAAAAACUCUUCUGUGUUUUACUUUGAUAACGGCACCGCUUUGGUGGUUCAGUGGAACCGGAUUCACCUCCAGGAGGUCAUGGGUGUAGGCACGUUCACCUUCCAGGCUGUUCUGCACAGCGAUGGACGUAUUGUCUUCGCAUACAAAGAGAUUCCUUUAGACAUCACUGACAUCAGCUCUGAGAAUCAUCCUGUCAAAGUGGGCUUGUCGGAUGCUUUUGUGGUUCUUCAUGAGAUAGAGCAGAUCCCCAAUGUUCGUCGGAGAACCAUCUAUGAGUAUCACAAAGUCGAUAUCCUCAAGUCCAAAAUCUCCAAUUCUACAGCUGUGGAGAUGCUACCUCUCCCUACGUGUCUGCAGUUCUCCAGCUGUGGUCCAUGUGUCACUUCUCAGAUUGGCUUUAACUGCAGCUGGUGCAGUCGGCUACAAAGAUGCUCCAGUGGCUUUGAUCGUAACCGGCAGGACUGGGUCGACCUCGGCUGCCUGGAGGAGAGAAGAGAUCCCCGAUGUCUCAAAACGACAGACAUCACAAACACCACAUCCCUCCACCUCACACACACGACCACUCCUGUCCCGACAACCGCAAGGUCGACCUCCAGCAUGACCUCCAGCCCCCGCAGCAGAGCAUCCGCUGUCACCAACCCCUCAACAAACCGCAACACAAGCAGAUUAACAUCCACUUCACAGCCUCCCACGAGCAAAGCUGCAGAGGAUGACACAAAGAUCUCUUUGCACAUCAAUGACGCACCAGGAGAAGAGGGGACAACAACAGGAGAGAGCGAUGAGCGGCAGCAGACUGGUCUACUGGCGGGCGUCAUCAUGGUAAUGGUCAUCUUGGGAGCAGCCGUCCUUAUGUCUGUCUACAUGUACAACCACCCGACGUCCAGCGCCAGCCUCUUCUUCAUGGAGCGACGGCCCACCCGCUGGCCAAUCAUGAAGUUUCGUCGGGGCUCCGGAUGCCCUUCUUACGCCGAGGUGGAGGCCCCAGGUCUGGACAAAGACAGCAUGGUGGUCAUCGACCCCAAACAGUCUUUUGUCAUAUCAGACAGAAGAGAGAGUGAACAGAAAGAAGGAUUCAUAGUUCCUGACCAGAGGGAGCGCUUUCUAGUUUCAGACAGCUCCUGACCAAAACUACAUUUCCCAGAUGACUUUGGGACAGAGCUGGA